AUUUUGUCAUUUUACUCUACACUUUAUAGAAAACUAGGGCUUGGAAGGAAAUAGCGAUUGGAGUUGGAUCUGAUCGAAGAAGAAGAAGAUGGUGAACAUGACGACGUUUUUCGGGAUGUCGAUUGGAGCAUUUGUGUUCUGGCAAUCAAUGGAUAAAGUUCAUGUCUGGAUCGCUCUUCACCAGGACGAAAAGAAAGAAAGACUGGAGAAGGAAGCGGAAAUCAGGAGAGUUAGAGAACAGUUGAUACAAGAAAACAAAGAGAGAGACCCACUCGCUUAAUAUACCUAAUUGCGUGACCAAUGCGUCAUUAUCUGCAAUACAUUUCGCUCAAAUUGUUGUUUGAUUUGCCUGAAUAUUGAUCAGGAUACUUCUAUAUGAACACGACACCGAUGAUCGUUGUUGGUUAUGGUCAUCUUUUUGAAUAACUAUUUGUCUAUUUUGGAUGGAAGUUAAGUG